AGGGUGAACAGUUUCUGAGGACGCUGUGCAAGAUCUCACCCACAACCCCAGCCCCGGAAGAUGGGGAACUGCCUCAAAUCCCUGACCUCAGAUGACAUCUCCCUGCUUCAAGAGUCUCAGUCCGACCUGGCUAGCGUUGGCGAGCGGACGGAGCCAGAUCAGGAGCCGCAGCAGCCGCCAUAUCAGGAACAAGUUCCCGUUCCCGUCUAUCAUCCAACACCUAGCCAGACUCGGCUAGCAACUCAGCUGACUGAAGAGGAACAAAUUAGAAUAGCUCAAAGAAUAGGCCUUAUACAGCAUCUGCCUAAAGGAGUUUAUGACCCUGGAAGAAGUGGAUCAGAAAAAAAGAUCGGGGAGUGUGUGAUCUGUAUGAUGGACUUUGUUUAUGGGGACCCAAUCCGAUUUCUGCCGUGCAUGCACAUCUAUCACCUGGACUGUAUAGAUGACUGGCUGAUGAGAUCCUUCACGUGCCCCUCCUGCAUGGAGCCGGUUGAUGCAGCUCUGCUCUCAUCCUAUGAGACUGAGCCAGGGUCUCUGUCGGACUUCAAGUGAACCAUCAUUUUUGGUGGUUCUGAUCUUUUGUCACUGAGCCCAAAGAGCCAGGGAUUAGGAAUUAAGAUCAUGCACAAAAGUUUCCUAAAAAUUUCUGGAUGGCUGCAGAUGUUGAGGAAAGUAUGUGAUAUUUUAGAAACUUAUGGGGGAAAGUAGGAUGGAUGGUAUUUUUAUGUAAAGCUUUGACCCAGUGUUUAAAAUAUAAUUGUUAU